AUGGUGUCAUGUCCUAUCUGCGCAAAGAAUGUCAAAGAAGUCAAUAUCAAUGCACACAUAGAUUCAGACUGUCAGAACUUUGUCAUCGAUGACUCCUCAUUGAGUCAAAGUGACUCCUCGUCGUCACAGAAGAAUGGCACAGCUAUAAAUUUCUUCCAGCCAUCCUCUGCCCGCAAAUCCAGUUCUACAGUCGUUCACGCCUCAACCUUCUCCACGCCGUCUCGCAGCAAUGAGGUGUCGAAGCACCCUAUAUCAACACAAGAUGACCUAAAGCGAAAGCGAGGGCCGGAGCCUCCUUCGUCAACCGCAGAACCAGAUGCAGACCCUACCAUCAAAAGAUCAAAGCCAAUGGCAUUCCAAAGAGCGGCCCCCUUGGCUGAACGCAUGCGUCCCAAAUCCCUCGAUGAAGUGUGCGGACAAGACCUCGUUGGACCCAAUGGCAUCCUACGGUCAUUGAUCGAGCAGGACAGAGUACCUAGCAUGAUACUCUGGGGCGGUGCAGGGACAGGAAAGACAACAAUUGCGAGGGUGAUUGCAUGUAUGGUUGGCAGUCGCUUUGUGGAAAUAAAUAGCACUACCAGUGGCAUUGCGGAAUGCAAGAAGAUAUUUGCAGAAGCUAGGAACGAGCUGGGCUUGACGGGGAGGAAGACCAUACUCUUCUGUGAUGAGAUCCAUCGUUUCUCAAAGACUCAGCAAGAUGUUCUUCUUGGGCCAGUUGAAAGCGGUGUUGUGACACUGAUUGCCGCGACGACAGAGAAUCCUAGCUUCAAAGUACAGAACGCUCUGCUGUCACGAUGUCGGACGUUCACGCUUGAGAAACUUACCGAUGACGAUCUUACAUCCAUCUUGAAGCGUGCAUUAGCGACAGAAGGCUCAAGCUAUUCGCCAUCUGAGCUGGUUGACGACGAACUCAUUCGUUAUCUCGCCACUUUCUCCGACGGCGAUGCGAGAACAGCCCUUAAUCUGCUCGAGUUAGCCAUGGGCUUGUCCAACCGUCCCGGCAUGACAAAAGCCGUUUUGAAGAAAUCCCUCACUAAGACGCUAGUUUACGACCGAGCUGGCGACCAACACUACGACACCAUCUCGGCUUUCCACAAAUCCAUCCGUGGCAGCGACGCUGACGCCGCCCUGUAUUAUCUUGCACGCAUGAUCCAGUCCGGCGAGGACCCGUUGUACAUCGCUCGUCGGUUGAUCGUCGUCGCGUCAGAGGAUAUCGGCCUGGCUGACAACUCAAUGCUGACGCUGGCCAUUUCCACUCAUAGUGCAGUAGAAAAAGUUGGCUUGCCUGAAGCUCGAAUCAAUUUAGCUCAUGCGACAGUUGCAAUGGCCCUUUCAAAAAAGAGUACGAGGGCGUAUAGAGGUCUCAACAAUGCAUUUGCGGCGUUGUCGGAACCUGGGGUUGCGAGCUUACCUAUUCCACUGCACCUGCGCAACGCCCCCACAAGGCUGAUGAAGGAGCUGGGGUAUGGCAAAGAGUACAAGUACAAUCCUAAUUACAAGGACGGCCAAGUUGUUCAAGAGUAUUUGCCAGAAAGCUUGCAAGAGAGGAAAUUUCUUGAAGAUAAUGACCUGGGUGAUCUUGUCGACCCUGAGCUGUUUAGUUAG